AUGACUACGUCCUUUUCGGAUCUUCUGCGUGAACAAGAGGAAGUAGCGGGGUGGAUACAAAGAUUCUGGGCUAACGUAUGCAAGUUAGGAAAGGACAAGCUGACGGGAGCGGUUUUAGAGCAGAGACAGGGUUUGCUCAACCGAUACUGGGACACGUUCCUUAGCGGACACCGUAAAUUGAUGAGAUGCAAGGAGGCGAGUUCUAGUUCAUAUGUCAAAGAGGACGCCUUUUCGGUCACAGAAGAAGCUUACCUCGACGCAGCCUCCAUGAUUUCCCAUCACCUGAAAGAGUUGCCGUCCCCUUGCUCCUCGCAUGUUCAACAGUCCAAUAUUGCGCCUCCGCCCCACCCGCAACUGCCUAAAAUUGAUUUGCCGAAAUUUUCGGGCGAUCCGUUACAAUGGGAGAGCUUUCGCGACCUUUUUAAAAGUCUAGUCCAUGACGUCAGCCACUUACCUGACGUACAGAAGCUACUCUAUUUGAAGUCUAGUUUGACAGGUGAGGCCGCCGAGGUCAUUCGGAAUACGCCGAUAACGGACUCCGGCUUCAGGGGAGCAUGGGACGAUCUGGAAGCCCGGUACGGUAACAUUCGUCUGUUAUCGUUUUCCCAUCAUCGAGCGCUCCUCUUGUGCCCACCAGCCCUGCAGCAGUCAGCUGGCGAAUUGAAGCGGCUUUUAGACACUUUCCGCCAGGCGAUUAGGGCGUACGUUACACUGAGGAAACCCGUUACUUCAUGGGAUGAGUGGUUUGUAUACUUACUAAGCCAAAAGCUUGACAAAACUACUCACCUUGCUUGGGAGACUUCUUUGGCGGAUAGCCGGGAAUUCCCGCGGUUCCAGCAAUUAUCGCAGUUCUUGGAGAACCGGAUCCAAGCUUUAGGCGCUGCAGGCAUGACGGACCCAUCACUCCACGCUGUGUCGCCGACCAGCUCAAAGGAAAUCAAACCUAAAACAAAAGGAGGAGCAUCAGCAAAAGGCGUUAACUCUAACGUCUUAGCCGCAGCAUCAAAGUCGCCCCCGGCCCGGAAAUGUCCGGGGUGUUCGGGCACCCACGGUCUAGGAUUUUGUUAUAAAUUCAAGGCGCUGUCGCCGGCAAAACGCAAGGAGCGCGUCCAACAGCUGAAGGCCUGCCUGAGCUGUUUGAAUGUAGGACACGAAGUGGGUAAGUGUCCGUCUAAACAAGUCUGUUUAGCUUGUAGCAAGCGACACCAUACGUUACUGCACGAGGCGCUGACGGCUCCACCGGCAAGCGCACCAGGCCGUGAAGGCGGACAGCCGGCACGAGAAGACGCUGCCUCGACGUCUGACGACGCAACUCAGCAGGUGACUACCCUCUCUCUAUCGGUUGGCUCAAAAGCCGUGGCCUUACUCGCAACCGCCAAGGUGAGAUUGGAGGCGCCAUCAGGAGAAACCGUAGAGGUCCGAGCCCUUCUGGACACCGGCUCCGAUACCUCUCUCGUCUCAUCGUGGGUCGCUCAGGCGCUACGUCUUCCACGGCGGGCGGUGCGAGUGGCCAUCUCAGGCGUUAAGGACAAUGAGGUUGGACACGCGACCGGAGAGGUAUCACUUGUAGUUCGACCCCGACACACCUCGGACUUCCGAUUACCAGUUCGUGCGUUGGUACUCCGCAAACUAACGUCGUUGCUCCCGAGCAAACGCAUCGUGGCAAAGUCUUGGCCGCAUAUUACCGGUCUCACGCUUGCUGACCCCGAGUACGGAGUUCCGGCUCGGGUAGAUUUACUUUUAGGUGCGGAUGUUUGCGGAACGCUCUUUGGUGACGACUCGCGCAGAGGGCCAGAGGGUACUCCAACAGCGAAACUCACCCCCUUUGGCUGGGUGCUUAUGGGACCAGCCUCCGACGACAAACCCAAGGCGGAGACGGCCGCUCGGGUUCUUCACUGCCACGGCGAGGACUCCACAAGCCAACUCCUCCAGCGGUUCUGGGAGCUGGACGAGAUUCGAGAACGGGCUCCAAUGUCACAAGAAGAGGAAAAGUGUGAGCGUCACUUCCUUGACACCCAUGCUCGAGAUCCAUCGGGACGCUACGUGGUGCGCCUUCCCUUCGUAAAGGACCCGCGGACUGCGCUGAAGUCCAACAGGACGACGGCGUUGAAACUCCUCUUCAAUUGUGAACGACGCCUAUCCUCGGAUGCUACGCUGAAAGAGCAGUAUCGAAAUUUUAUGAUGGAGUACCUGACUUUACAGCACAUGCAGGGUGCACCCGAAGAAGCGGAUAAAGGGCCUGCGUAUUACCUGCCACACCACGCCGUACGCAAGCGUCACGAUCCUUCUGCCAAGUUACGGGUCGUUUUUAAUGCUUCUUUUUGUACAGCCACGGGCCAAUCGCUAAACGACUGCCUCGCCACUGGUCAGAAGCUCCAGGCUGACCUGUGGAUGGUAUUGACCCGCUGGCGACUUUUUCGGGUCGUAUUCACCACGGACAUUGUCAAGAUGUUCAGACAGAUCCGAGUCCAUUCAGAGGAUACUAAGUGGCAAAGCAUCCUUUGGCGCGCCACUCCCGACGAACGAGUGCAGGACUUUCGGCUUACAACGGUGACGUAUGGCACGGCGUGUGCGCCUUUCCUAGCUUUACGGGUACUUGCCCAGCUGGCGAACGACGAAAGCAGCCGAUUUCCCCGAGGAGCUUCGGUGGUGCGUCGACAUACUUAUGUCGAUGAUAUUCUCACCGGGGCGGAUGAUGUCAGCGAGACCCUGGCUUUGAAAAGAGAAGUGGUGGCAAUUUUCAAAGCUGGCGGUUUCGAACUAAGCAAAUGGGCAUCUAACAUAACGGAAAUUCAAGAAGCCGACUCUUCUAAUACGCGCCUGUUUCAGGAAUGGUCCGGCAUCAGCACACUAGGCGUGAACUGGAAUCCUAGGGAUGAUGCCUUCUCCCUUCGAGUCGCAGCCGCUGAGCUGGUGAGAGAAUGCACCACCAAGAGGUCUAUCCUUUCGGAAAUCGCAGGCCUCUUCGACCCACUGGGCUGGGCGGCGCCGGUCCUAGUCGUGGCCAAGAUUUUAAUGCAGGACCUCUGGAUCCUUGGAGCGGACUGA